AUGUCGUUUUGGAUCGAGACAGAAGAUUGGCAUACAGCAGGCGAACCUUUUCGCAUCGUCCAAACCCUUCCCAAAGACCAUCUUCCUACCGGUGCAACAGUCAAAGACCGUCGCCUCAAUGUGGUCAACACUCCCAACCAUCCUCUUGAUCAGCUCCGUCAAUCACUAUGUCAUGAACCGCGUGGUCACGCUGAUAUGUACGGAGGCUUUAUUACAGAACCAAAUGACGAUGGCGCUCACUUGGGAGUUCUUUUCUGGCAUAAAGAUGGCUUUUCGACAGCGUGCGGGCAUGGAACUAUAGCUCUAGGAUACUGGGCUGUUACCAAGGAAUUGGUCCAAGUGCCAGAAAAUGGGAAUGUUGAUGUUGUAAUUGACGUUCCAUCAGGUCGUGUGGUCGCGAAAAUGACCAUUGAACAGAGAAGACCGGUUCAUGGGGAUUUCAUCAAUGUUAAGAGCUAUCAGAUCGCCAAAGACUUGUCAGUUACCGUUCCUUCCAAUUAUGUCGAUAUAAAGGUCAACUUGGCUUUUGGGGGAGCCGUUUACGCCCACGUGGAUGCUGCGCAAUUAGAUCUCACGGUCGAACCAGGUCGGUAUACUGACUUCAUCACCAUUGGAAGAGAGAUCAAGGCGGCGCUUGGUACAAGAGCACACUAUGAGGACUACGACUUAUACGGGGUGAUAUUCUACAACGAACAAGGUUCUGCAGACUCUGGAGAGAUCCGACAAAGAAAUGUUACUAUCUUUGCCGAUGGUCAGAUUGACCGCUCGCCUUGUGGCUCAGGCACAGCUUCCAGAAUUGCAGUUCUUCUCGCAGAAGGGAGAUUGGGUGCCGUGAAAGGCAAGCUUCUGCAUCGGUCUAUAAUUGAUACCCUGUUCGAGGCAGACAUUGUCUCGGAAGAGGCAAGCCCGGUGGAAUUUCCAGCUUGUAUACCGCGUGUAAGAGGAACAGCUAAUUUAGUUGGGCGAAUGAGUUUCUUCAUUGACCCUGCUGACACUAUAUUCCCUGGGUUCCUUUUGCGGUAG